AUUAGCAUUGGGUCUUGUGUUCUGAUAAAGGCACAAUGUACGCUGGUCAUUAGUGCAGUCGAUUCGUGUAAGGCAUGAAGAAAACUCAAUACCACGUUCCUGUUCCAACUUAAAAAUCUCAAACCUCUUUUUUUUUCUAAUAUCAGUAAUUUAAAAAUACAAUACAUAUACUUUUAUUAUUUCAUUAAAUUUUUCUUAUAAGAAAUAUCUGUUAUUCUAGUUCUUUUUGAAAUAAUUUAAUGUAUAAAAUAUAAUAGGUAUUUAUAAAUUACAUUUUUGUCUGUUCACACUACAAGUUCAUUAUUAUUUCGUUGAAUACAUUGCCGAAUGAUGCGAUUCUAUUUAUUGUCCGUGUUCCUAUUUCAAAUAGUGUAUAAUGUGCACACGAUUCCCCAAGACUUUGUUUACUUGACAAGAGGAUUCUAUCACGCAUCUAAUGGACUAAAACCGUCAUGCCAGAGGUAUAUAAAUAAUAAAUAGGUACAAAAAUCUACAAGAAUCUUGAAAUAUAAUAUUUAACUUAGCAUAGUUAUAGUAGUAACAUUUGUUAAACCUACACUACCUAACAACAUAUAUUUUGAGACAAUAAACAAAUAGGCACCUAACCUAACCUAACCAAUUACCUAAAUAUAUAGAUUGAAUGUAAUAUUGAAUUAAUUUAAAAUGUAACCAGAUCGAAUUAAAUUGUAAAGUAAUGGUUUACAUUUAUUUCUGUCUCGCUCUAUUAAGUUCCAAUGAUCAUACAAGUAAACUGCAAUAUUCAAUAUAAUAAUAUUUUCUAUUGUUAUUUAUCGGUAAACACCCCCGUAGUAAUAAACAAAUAUUUUACGCAAAAAAAAAUUAAGGUUAAAAAUUAAAUUAUUUUGCAAAUUGAAUAUGUUUUUAUCAAUACAGUCUUUAAGUUUAAAUAGAGGAUCAACUUAAAAAUCAAAAUUAACAUAAACAUUUUAUUUCCUGAGAAUGAAGUCUAUAGCCAUGGGGGGGGACAAGAGAAGCAUUGCUCCCCUAGACCUAAUCGCUUCCCUUCCAAUAAGUAUUUAAUGUGUGUGCCUACAUUUGUAGUUAAUAUUGUUUUUUUUCUAAUGCCCCCCCAAAAAAAAAAAUGUGGUUUUCCCAACUGAUAAUUUGGUCUGACUACGGUCCUGCUAAGAAUACAUACCCUAAGAUAGAUAUAAAAUAGAUCAAAAAUAAGUUUAUUUCUUAGAUUUAACGUUGGUUCCUUAAAAUAUGUUAUCAAUAUACGUACGUAUAAAAAUAUGUAAACAAAUGAUUAUCACUUUUAAAUCAAAAAUUGAUAGGUACAUACUUAUUUUAUACUAUGAUAUUGAGAAUGAAAACGUUAAAUUGAUAAAACCUAACAAAAAUAUGUGUGGGUAAAUAGGAAAUAGUUACAAAAGUAAUUAAUAUUUCCAGGUUUAAAAAUACACUAUAACUUAAAGCUGAGCAGUAACUAGUUACAAAGUUACAAACAUCAGUAACUUAAUAAUUUUUAAGUUACUUUUAGUUUUCUCGUAAUUUGUAACUUAUCGAGUUACUUUUUUACUAGAAUCAAAAAAAUGACAAGUUAAUUUUCAUAAUUUUAUCACAAAUGUCUUGUAACUCAGAAUAAUUUUUUCUAAGGGAAUUGAUAUAAUACCUAUCAUACUGAAAGAAAAAAAAACUAUUUUUACGAAGGUUCAUAAAUCUCGAUUUUUACAUAAUACAAUAUGAUAAGGAUAACAUUUUGAUAACGUACUGUUACUAUGGCAAAAUCGUUUCCAGCACCCAUUCAUGAAGGUUAUCUUAUCUAUUCCUUCGAAAGCCGGUCAUCUGAAGUGAAUACGUGAUGGCUUAUUAAUAUUUUUAAAUUGAUGAAGUGAUAAAGUGAUCUGAGUUAUAUAGGUAAUUUAACAAUAUUAUUAUACAACAAUUACCCAUAUUUCAUAGUAAUUAUACGUCUAAUACAGUUAACAAUGGCUGAGCCAACACUAAAAUGAUCACACUUGGCAAGUUUUUUUCUAAUAAAGCAGUAAUAGUAAUUUUAAAAACUUUUAGUAAGGCAAACUAUAACUUACAUAUUUUUAACGAGUAACUUUUAUAACUACUAGUAUUUAAUAAAUAAAAGCUAAUUAAAAAAAAAUUAAAAGUAACUUGUAACUUUUUAACUUUUACAUUUUUUAUUAGUAACUAAUUAUUUAACUAGUUACUUUUUUUUAUCAAGAAACUUGUAACUUAACUUAGUUUAUUAAUUAAGGAAUGUAACUAUAACUUACUCAGUUACUUAAUUAAAUUUGAAUAACUUGUCCAGCUUUGCUAUAACUUAUCUAUAAAGUUCAAACAAAUUUUCAAAUAAUGAGCAUAUUUUAUGCGAUAAAAUAAUUUUAUAAAAAUAAUAUUAAAUAUGCUAGAACUGUAUCGUCUAUACUGCGUGGAAAUAAAUUAACUUAAACAAUUUUAAGUGAACAAAUUGUUAAAUAAGUAUAUUAUUCAGCGAGACCUCGAACAUAAUGUUUGACAUAGUAACAUUUUAUCGAAUUCGUUAAAAAUAAUUACCGAGUAUUGUCUAAUAAUUGUGAGUGACAGAAUUUAACAAAAUAAACUUUCAGAAAAAAAAACAUGAAAAUUGGCAAAAAAAAUUAUGUAAAAUAAAUAUAUUUGAAUAGAUAGUUCAGUUUACCUACACUAUUAAGGUCAGAUAUAUUAUCUUUUAUUAACUUAACGAUAUUUUCGUAAUACUGGUUAAUAAUUAACAAUUUUAUAGACAUAAUAUAAUUGUACUUAUUAAAAUUAAAAUGUUAAAAAUACCUAUAAAUGUAUUUAGUUACAAUAAUUCGAUUGUUUUGUUUAUUUGUUAUUAUUAGUUAGUUUUAAAACAUAAGUUGAAUAUUCGAAAGUCAUAGACUUAAAUAAUAAAUUAGUCGAAACAUUUAUUUAACUAAAAUAAUUAAUAUAUGUAGGUAUAAUUAGUAGUGGCGUAAUUAUAGGGCUAGAAUAUGAAGGGGGGGCAAUAUUUUGUCCUAAAAACACAUGAACGGACAAUUUUUUUUUGUAAAUACUAUUAAUGCUAUUAUUUUAUUAUUUUAUUAUACUGUACAGUAUAUACUUCAUUUCCAUUAAAAACAUCAAAACAAUCAUAUCUACUAUAUUUGACUUUAGAGCUAAUUCAUUUAGAACAUCCUCUGGAACUACCAACACUUUUUUAAAGGACGCCUGCAAUAUUGUCAAUAAUUACAUCUAAUCGAUUUUAACAUUUGUUGUCUUUAACCAUAUUAUAUAAAAAGUUAUUAGAUGUAUUAAACUAACCUGAGAUUGUUGUAAACAAUUAAAGAUAACAAAAGUAAUUAUUUAAUUUUCGCCAAAACGAUUACCUUCUUUCUUUCAAAAUUAUUGAUGUACUACAAACAAGAAGAAAAUUCAGACAGUCCUCCCCCUUUUCUAAUGAUUACACUACUUAUCGAUAGCUAACUAAUCUCAAUGUCACUGUAAUAUAAUAUACUGCUAAUAUAACUAUAAUAUAAAUUAUAAUUCGUAACUUAUAAGUAAUUAUGGUUACAUGAGUAAUAUUAAAAUUAAUAUUAGGAAUUACUUGAAAAUCUCAUCCUAAUUGGUCCAAGCAUAAAAUUCAUACCUACAUAAUAUUAUGUUAUACUUGUAAUUUUGCAAUAAAUAUAGGUACUAAUGCUCAUAGUUAUAUUUUUUUUAAUUUUAUGAUUUCAAUUAAUUCAUUAAUGAUUCAAUUCUUGUAUACGUAAUAGUAAUAAUAUCAAUUUAUUUAUGACAUGUUAAAUUAGUUUUUAAUUUCUUACUAUCAUAAAUCAAGUUCGACAUAGUUUUAUGAUAAAUAAUAAGAAAACAGAGUUUACUUUUUAAAAUAUUGGUAAUAACAAUCAGCAUAAUAGUAUAUUAUUGGUGCCUAUUUAAAAGAAACGUAGCAAAUUCACUCUGGAGAAAUAUUUUCCAAUUGUAUUUAAGUACUAUUAUAUUUUGUAAAAUCUCAAUAAGAUCCCUUUGAAAUUAACCCUCAUUAACAAUUUGUUUCAUCAAUUGUAAUAUGUUGUAUAUUCUUGUAUAGGUACCUAACCGCAUUUAUACGCAAUAUGUUGUAUAAUAUAUAAUUAACAUCGUGAUUAUAACUUCAAGAAAAACACGACUAAUGCCUAUGAUAAACUAAAGUAGGUACCUAAUUAAGUUUAUCGAUGGGAUUAAAGUUCGUAUGACCUGAUAUCAGUUGCGUUACUUGUAUUACAGAGAGAAGGUAUUACUAAAUAGUAAAUACUGGCAAUUAAGAUUUAAUAAAAACGCUCAAUCACACAAUAAUAAAUGCAAAUAAAAUAAAUUAGUAAAUAUAGGUACUUUUCUAGUAUUAUAUCAUUAAUUAUAUCUAUACUAUCAAAAAUAAUACACAACUAUCUUAUGGAAAUAAAUUUAAAAUAAUAUGUUGUAGUAAUAGUAUCAGUUGUUAGUAAAAAUAUUAUGUAAUUUUCUUUAGGUACUAAAGAAAAUGCAGGUAAAAAAAUAUUAUUCAAUUAUGUUUGAUAUAACAUUGGAAAUUAAAACUGGUUAAAUCUGAACAAAAUUAUUAAUAAUUUUCAGCAAAAUCUAUUGUAAUAGUGAUGUAUUGCACGACAUACAAAUGGCUCAUGUUUAUCCGGAUUCUAAAACGUUUGUCGAUAAAAAACUCAUAUACACAGAGUCCGAGAUACUAGAUAAAUAUAAAAAUUUGAAGAAUAAAUAUAACGGUAAUGUCCCUCCAAAUUCUGAGUUGAUAAAGUUCAUCGACGAAAAUCUAAAUAACGGAGAUGAAUUGGAAGUGUGGUCUCCAACAGACUUUACGGAUACGCCGUCGAUCGCUAAUCGAAUCAAAGACCCAAAUUACAAACAAUGGGCGUAUGAAUUGAACCACGUAUGGAAAACUUUAGCGAGAAAAGUUAAAGACGACGUGAGAUUACAUCCGGAUAAAUACUCGUUGAUAUGGGUUCCAAACGGGUUCGUCAUACCAGGAGGCAGAUUUAGGGAACUCUACUACUGGGACACGUAUUGGAUUGUCAAUGGACUGUUGCUGUGCGAUAUGGCCACCACGGCUAAAGGCGUGAUCGACAAUAUCAUAUCGAUGGUGAGUCAGUUUGGUUUCAUGCCUAACGGCGGACGAGUAUACUACCUGAACAGAACACAACCGCCAAUGCUUAUUUUGAUGGCGUUGAGUUACUAUAAAGCUACCAACGAUUUUGAAUACAUUAAGAAAAUCAUUACAGUAAGUUAUAAUUCGAAAAAUCACUACACGUUUUCAAUACAAAUUAUUGAUUUAGGACCUCGACAGUGAGUUCUAUUAUUGGAUGAAUAACCGGAUGGUUACUUUCGAGAAAGACGGGAAAUCAUACACAAUGGCUAGAUACUACGCACCGUCGACAGGACCAAGACCAGAAUCCUACAGGUUUAUAUAAUAAAAAUUUAAUAAUAAUUUUAAUAGGUUUUUAAUAAUCUUUACGAUAUUACGAUAAUUAUUUAAAUUUUUAAUACGAUAUAGAGAGGACUACGAGGUAGCUGAAAAAUACUACGAUACGAAAGAGAAAAGAGAAGACUUCUAUGUGAGAAUGAAGUCUGGAGCCGAAACCGGGUGGGAUUUCUCUAGCAGAUGGUUUAUAACUGCCAACGGUUCAGAUCGCGGUAAGUAUAAUAUUCACUAUAAGUCCAUAAUUCCUAUUUAUUUGAAUUAAAAGGUUACAAUAUACUCAUAAAAUUUAUAAAAUACGGAUGUCCUAUAUGCAGGUCAAUUGCCUGACGUCCAAACGCAUAAUAUUAUCCCGGUCGAUUUGAACAGUUUGUUACACGUAAAUGCACUUACAUUGAGCACGUGGUUUGAACAGAUGGGCAAUACGAAUAAAGCCGCCAAGUACAAAACCAUCGCUGAAAACUUCCUCACCAAUAUACAAGAAGUAAGUACUAUCACUCAUAUUUUAGAUUCUCAUCAGAACGAGUAAUGUAUUGGUUUUACAAUGGUGUUUUUAGAUUCGGAUUGUAGCGAGAGAUCUAUUGGUUUUUACCGUGUGGGGUUUUUUUUUUUUUUUAGUUUUUUCUAUCUAUAAACAACUUUACUAACAAAAAUCUUGCUCCAUGAUAUCAAGUUUAGCACUAUUUCUGAAAUGUAAUUUCCAAUGGUUUGUUCAUUAAUGGUCAUUUUUUGAUUUUUCUAAGAAGUUUUAAAAAUAAUUUUCAAAAACCCGAACGAAAAUUAAAAAUAAAACGACAAAUAUUUACGGCGCGACACGACGUUAACGUUUUGAUGGUUUUUAAUUUUUGCAACUUACGUCUUUUACCAGAAAUAUUGUUCCAGUAGAAGAAUGAUCAAAAAACGGAAAAAGAAAAUAUUUUUUUGAUAUCUAAAGUAAGUAGUUUUCGUAAUAAUUGAGAAAUACCCCAAAAGACGAAAACUACGAUUUUUCAAAAUUACAAUAGUAGUAUUCAUUUAUUUUAAAUUUUUAUAUUUUUCCUUAGUGUACCAGAAUAUCGUUCCAAUAAAAAUUGACAACAGACCUUUUUUUUUGAAUUAAUCUUUUUCGGGAGUAAAUAAUUCGUUUUUUGAUUUUCUUUGUAGUUAAUUUAAAAAUUGAAAAAAAUCAAAAAUACGUAGAAAUAUGAGGAAAAUUUACGAAAAUAAUUUUUUUUAUUAUUUUAAAUUUUUUUUUUUCUUGUGGCAAUUCAGUUAAAAAUAUUCGACAUUACUUGACAUUUUAACAGAAAACUUAUACUUAUUUUUCUAUGUGUAGUUAAAUUUUUCAAAACAUUUAAGCUAAUUUUGAGUCAUUUAUAGACAUUUUAAUUUUGAAAAUUGUUUACGUAAUUUUUAUUUGGUAGGUAAUCUAUGGAUAAAAUUGUUAGACUAAAUAGAACUGGUUGAAGAUUUGUCAGAAAAUUCUUAAUUAGUUGUACUGAAUAGUCAAAAAAAAAAAAUUAUUGUAAUGUAAUAUAUAUUUAUUUUUUUAAAUUUUAAAAAUAUUUCGUAAAUAUUACAGCCUUUCAAGUCAUGUUUAUCUGAACUCCGUUCAGAAUCGUUUUAUCUUAACAAUGAUUAACUGUUGCGUACAGGUAUACAUGAAAUUAUUAUAAUAUAAUGCAUAUUUAUUGUUUAUGAUAGGUUAUGUGGAGACCGGAUAGAGGUGCAUGGUUCGACUGGGAUUUAAUAAACAGCAAACAUCGAGAUUAUUUUUUCGUAUCGAAUAUCGUACCAUUGUGGACGGGAAGCUAUAAUAUGCCGAAAAAAUCCGUGGCUUCUGCGGUGUUAGGAUAUUUAAAGAACGAACAUAUCAUCGAACCAGAUUAUAGCAUAAGUUUUAACGGUGAGAUUAAUUUAUAGUAUCGAUGAUUGAAACAAUUAUUAAACAAAACUGAUCAAUUUUUUUAGAAAUAGUUUAACUAAAAUUUGCUGUUUGCAUUUCCGACACAUUACAUAGAAUAAUAAUAAUUUAUUGUUCAAAUACGAUUUUCUCUGAUCUAAAAAUCAGUAUUAAUAAUAAUUUAUUUUCAAAGGAACUCCAACGUCAAUGUAUUCAUCGUCGCAACAGUGGGAUUUCCCAAAUGCGUGGCCCCCGCUCCAAGCUUUCCUCAUUCAGGGUCUGGAUAGGACGCAACAAAAACUCGCACAGCAGGUGGCAGAAAAAUUGGCGGAUGUCUGGCUGCGCACAAAUUACAAAGGAUUCGCAGAAAAAUCAAUGAUGUUCGAAAAAGUGCGAUAUUAUACACGUUAUAAAAUACAUUUUUUAAAAAAACCUACGCGUUACCUUAUAAUUGUAUGCAUUCUAACGUCAUUAUUUUUAUUUUAGUACGACGUAUUAGCCGCAGGAGAAACAGGUGGCGGUGGAGAAUAUACUCCACAGACAGGAUUUGGUUGGACAAACGGAGUCGCAUUUGAGUUUUUAAACCGAUGGGGGAAUAUAGUUUCAUACGACCCGAACGGUAUGUUAACAUUUUGAAACAUGAAAUACAUAAUAUUAAAAAUAUUUGUACACAUAAAUUAUACAAAAUUAAUCUUUUUGUUAAGUUUAAGUAAUACUAUUUUCGAAAAAUCAAUUAUCAACUAAAUGUCAUGAAAACGUGUUGAUUCAUAAUCUUAUAAUACCUACUCGUAUACUUGUGUCAACAGAGUUUAAGUUUGUGCAUCACUAAAAAAAAUCCUUAAAAUGUAAAUUACAAAUAUUUAAUUUGCAUAACGUUCAAAAAAAAAAAAAAUAGAUUUUAUUCAAUAUCGAUGUGUUUACGAUCUAAUAAUGAUAUGUGAAUAAUUUUCAUAAUAUUUUGAUAUUGUUUGCUUAAUAAUUCCAAAGUAUUUAGUAAUACAUGGUGGCAUAACAAAAUGCAUUUAUUUAAUACAUUUAGGUUCUGGAUUAAGUUAGGUUUUUGACACAAAAUGCUAUUAGUUAAUUUCAAAUUUGAUAGAAUGAAAGACAAAGUUUAAUUAUUUCUGCUCUUUAAUGAUCUUUGAUUUAAAUAAAUAUUGAUGAUCAUAGAUCAAAUCAAUAAUUUUGUAUUGCUUAAUACAUUAAAAUUAUCGAAGACAAUAGUUUCCUAUUUUUAUGUAGAAUUAAUUUUUUUAUAUAUUUGUAUCAUUGAAUGUACUGUGUCAGGCUGAGGUUUUGUGGGGGCCUGUGCGAUCUUUAAAUUUGAGACUCCUUUUUUGUUUAUUUUUGGCUAUACGAUUAAUGUUUCUCACAAAUCAAACAAUUUUACCUGGUCCAAUGUUACUUCAUACAUCUUUAAAGUAAUUUACAAUUUGGUUGAAAUUCAGUUUGUAUAGGAUAAGUUGUUUGAAGUAUUUAAAUGUUUUUCGUUGACAAAUCCAAUAGAUAAAUAUAGAUAUGACCCAAGACCAAAGAGGUACUAGGGUUUUGUUAGAAAUUUAAAUUAUAAUAAUAUAAUAAUCAAAUACAAACUAACUUUUAUUGAAAUCAUCAAAAAUAACUGAUUUAUAGAAAUAUUAUUUUGAAAAUUACACAAUACAUUUUUUUCUUACUCAUUUUGCUGCUAAUGUAUCAAUUAUUUCGUCAUAGCUUAAUGAAUUGACAAUAUUAUGUUCAAUAUUGGUAUGAGCUAGAUCAGAAAACUUGUGCUGGGAUAGAGUAUUUCUUAAGUAAUGUUUUAUUAAUUUUAAAUUUGAAAAUAAACGCUGUGUAAACGCAAUUGUUCUGUUAGCUAAAUUGAUAGCUAUAACUGAGUGUAUAUCAUUUUUUUUCCUACUGUCUGUAUUCUUACAAAAUUUGUUUUCACCUCAAAAAAAUUAUCACCCUGAGCAGCCAGCUGCUCCCCCUUCCUCCAUUAACUCGAUAGUAAGAUUACGGGGUGCCAUUAUCCUUGCGCGAGCCCGGAGCCGAAUCGCUCGCACUACCUUAGGGCCAGCACUGUGUACAACUGUUAAUAUUAAAAUUUUUCGGUUUUUGAAAUAAUAGUAUAUCAUUGAAUAGAAAUUCUCUUUUAAUUAACAAUUCACUUUAAAUAGGUUUUAUAUAAAAGAAAAUAAUAUUUUUUUUCACUACUUAGAACCAUUUCGUUUUAUGUAACUUGGUGAUAAAAAAUAGUUCAUUUUUUCAAUACAAAAAUCGUUUGAUUAGAAUAAAACCUUUUUAUCUCAGGGGAUAACAUCAGAAAAACAAUGAAUUUGUUUUAGCUGUGAAAAUAUAGAAUAAUGUAAAAAAAAAAAAAAAAUAGUACUCUGAAAAUGGUUAUUUAAAAUAAUCGAUCUAUGUAGACAUGUAAUAACGCAUUAGGAACUAUUAAAAAAGUACUAAUCACUUUUCACGACUAGUGAAUACCUAAGUACGAAAAAUUAUAUUAAUUUGAAUAAGGUCACAAACUGUAAUUCGGUUAAAAACUUUAUGUAAGUUUAUUUACUUGAUAACAUUGCAUUACCUAUGUCAAAUAUACGGCAUAAUUUAUCAUCUCUAGACUCCAAGAGCAUGUUUUGAAUAAUGUCGUUUUUGUGUUUUUAUAGGAUUUAACUGCAGUGAUAAUAGUUACUUAUGCAAUUUCAAUAAGAUCAAACAGCAUUUAAUGUUUUGGGCAAAUAAAAAUGUUGGUAGAAAAGAGAAAUAAUAUUUAUUAUAUCAUCCUUUUAAAAUCACUAAAAUAAAGCACUCGUAAAAAAAAAAAAAAAAACGAUAUUUCAUAUUUUGCAAAUUUCAUUUCGGUGACACAUAAUAAUGCAAAUAAUAGCACUUCAUAAAAACACUCAAUAUAUUAUGUAGUACCUCACUAGUGGUUUUUAGUUAUUUGAAAAUAUUAAUUAGUUUCUAAAAUAAAAUAAGUACUGGUACUUCAGAUACUCACUAGACGAAUACCUAAUACAAAAUAAAAUAUUAAUAUUUGUAUUCUGUUGUUUUUUUUUUUUAGAAUUAAGGAGAGCAGGAUAAAUCACGUUGUCCGACGCGUCGCCGCCCUUGCACCACCGGAAAAUUAUUAUAAUUAAAUUUACCGAGCCUCGAUGAACGCUGAUAAAUCUAAAGAAGAAGAUCAGUAUUAACUAAUUUAUUUAUAAUAGGUACAUUUAAAAAUAAAAAAAAUAAUUUACAUACAAAUAAUGUACAAAAUACAUCAUUUUACAUCGUUUCUAAUGAGUAAAAUAUAAUUAUUACGAUAUUUCAUUACUUUAAUAAUUUAUUAAAAACACAACAACAAUGAAUACGUAUUUUUUUUAAAUUCUGAGUGCAACGAGGAGUGUAUUGGUUUUACUAUGAUGUGUAUAUUUUUGUUUUUUUUUUGUUGUGUUUGAAAACAACUUUUUACCUGAAAUCUUGGUCCAAUCAAAAAACGACAAGAUAAUAUUUUUGUGACAUUUUGUAUCUAGUUCGUUCAGUGGUACCGAACUCAUAUAAAUGAAGCGAUCGCUUCAGUUCUUAUAACAAUAAGGAUGGGUGGGUAAAAUUAGAAGGCAGAUAAAAUUUGAAGGCGUAUGAAGUAUUACAUAAUAUCAUACUCAUACACAAUGGUAAAAACUAAUAAAAUGUUUAAAUAUCAAAAAUUCAUUCAUAUUCCGCAUCUAUUUUAAUAACGAUGCAGUAGGUUAGAAAGCAUUUACAGUACUGAAGGUCCCAGGAUGCCUCAUAUUUGUUUCACAGCUGGGACCAUAAUAUUUUUUAAGGAGAGGUGGGCUGUUUAUAUAUACUUUGUGGGUUUGUAUCUUUUAAUGACCUAACUUUCGCUCAAAUUAAUUAAGAGCGUUCUUUUUCGGGUUAGAGGAAGGGUGUUAACUUGAAGCAUACUUCAGGCAUAAAUCCAUGUAAAAAUGUCACGGCAAUAAUGUUAUUGCGUUAAGAAAUGUCACUGAAUACAAAUUUGUAAAACCCAACAAUUAGAUUUUUCGAUUUUUUUGUUCAUCUAAUUCUAGUUUUGUUUAUAUUUAGUUCUUUAUAAUUAAAAAAAAAUAUUUCCUUACAUUUUUUAUGUAUAGGUAUUGUAGUAUCAUUUAUGCCUACAGUCUAUUUAGUCAAAUUUUAUAAAUUAAUAAACAAUAUUCUA